AUGAUAGGCAAGGAGGCCUUGAAGACCGGGGUAGGAAUCGUCGCCGAUACCCUCGACGGACAGAAUGUCAAGACGGCCGCGAAGAAACGGACUUCCAUUUUGAAGGGGCAAUGGGUACAGUACAACCCACUGACCAAUAUCGUGGACUCGGACUACCUGGAUUUGGCGCAUACCCUGAUCAACGUCAAAGUUAAAGUGGUCAAUAUAAAUGGCGCCGACCUGGGCGAGGGUGUUCCCGUCGCUCCCGUCAAUCUGCUGCUUCACUCCCUGUUCUCCGAAGUGGAUGUCACGCUCAACGACAAACUCGUUUCGUCUUCAUCCAACGCGUACCCGUACCGAGCCCUGCUGGAAACCCUGCUCACUUACGGACCACCGGCCAAGGCAUCGCAGCUGACAGCCGCCCUGUUUUACAAAGAUACGGCGGGGAAAAUGGACUCGGGCGAUCCAACCGCGGAAGAAAAAUUCAACAAGGGAUUAAAGCGGAGAUACAAACUGUCGGAGGAGAGCCGUAUUAUCGAUAUGUUGGGACCGAUUCACGGAGACAUAUUUUUUCAAGAUAGGUUUUUACUGAACGGCGUCAACCUGAAGCUCAAGUUUCAUCGCAGCAAAAACAGUUUCUGUUUAAUGGCGGCUUUACCGGACACUCACUACAAAGUAAAGAUAAUGGAAGCUUCUCUGAACUUGAGAAAGGUGGUCGUCAGUCCCACCUUGGCUCUAGCGCACGCCAAAACCCUACAAAGUGCUACGGCCAAAUACCCGCUGCGCAGAGUGGAGGUCAAAACGUUUUCUAUUCCGCUAGGAAAUCAAUCUUUUAGCCGCGAAAAUCUGUUUCUGGGGCAGAUCCCCCGGCGCGUGGUGAUUGGCAUGGUGGAUAACGCGGCCUUCAACGGCGACUAUCAUAAAAACCCCUACAACUUUAAACAUUACGGUCUAAAUUACCUGGGGCUGUACGUGGAUAAUGAGCAGACGCCGUGGCGACCUCUUCAACCCAAGUUUUCCGGCAAAGACGAAGCGUACAUGAUGUCCUAUCAGACUUUGUAUUCCGGUAUAAAUACCCUGUUUGGAGACAAGGGCAAUCAGAUCAACAGGGAAGACUACGAGUCGGAAUACUCCCUCUUUGCUUUUGAUCUGUCUCCGGACUUGUCGAGCGGGUCUCAUUUCAACCUUGUCAAGCGUAAUAACAUGCGUCUGGAGUUGAAAUUUGCCGAGGCCCUGACAACGACCGUCAACGUGGUGGUGUACAGCGAAUUCGAGAGCAUCCUGGAAGUGGACGAGAGCCGCAAUAUUCUGAUCGAUUACGCCAACUAA